GGGAGCUGCGGGACAGGGCGCCGCAACCACCACCUCUCCUCAAGGCGAGCGGGGCGGCGCUGCCAACCUCCCUCAGCACCUCCGGGGCGAGGCCCGCGCAGGGGCAGCUGCAGCGGAGGCUGCAGGUUGUGUAUCAUUGUGAGCAAUGGCCCCCUUCUUACGGAUAUCUUUCAACUCAUUUGAGCUGGGACCUGUACAGAAUCAAGGGGAACAACUACAACCUUUCUGUGCUAUCAAGAUGAAGGAAGCAUUGACUACAGAGAGAGGAAAAACUCUAGUUCAGAAGAAACCUACCAUGUAUCCAGAAUGGAAAUCAACUUUUGACGCCCACAUUUACGAAGGACGGGUGAUUCAGAUUGUUCUCAUGAAAGCAGCAGAAGAGCCAUUAUCUGAAGUGACUGUAGGCGUGUCGCUCCUGGCGGAGCGGUGCAAGAAAGGCAAUGGCAAAGCAGAAUUCUGGCUUGACCUACAACCUCAGGGGAAGGUGCUGAUGGCUGUGCAGUAUUUUUUGGAAGAUGCAGAUUGCAAACAAUCAAUGAGGGAGGAAGAGGGGACAGUAACUAUGAACAGGAGAGGAGCUAUCAAGCAAGCUAAAAUCCACUACAUCAAAAAUCAUGAAUUUAUUGCUACCUUCUUUGGACAACCUACGUUUUGCUCUGUCUGCAAAGACUUUGUAUGGGGACUCAACAAGCAGGGAUACAAAUGUAGGCAAUGCAAUGCUGCUAUUCAUAAGAAAUGUAUUGAUAAAAUCAUUGGGAGGUGUACUGGUACAGCAGCCAACAGCAGGGACACAAUGUUUCAAAAGGAACGUUUCAACAUUGACAUGCCUCAUCGCUUCAAAGUUUACAACUACAUGAGCCCUACCUUCUGCGACCACUGCGGCAGCCUGCUCUGGGGGCUGGUCAAACAGGGACUCAAAUGUGAAGAAUGUGGGAUGAAUGUGCACCAUAAAUGCCAGAAGAAGGUGGCAAACUUAUGUGGGAUAAACCAGAAGCUGCUAGCUGAAGCUUUAAAUCAAGUUAGCCAGAAAUCUACACGAAGGUCCGAUUCUGGAUCUGUAGAAAGCGUUGGUAUUUAUCAAGAUUUUGAUAAGAAACCUAGAGCUCCAGGAGACACAACAGAUAGCGGCGAGUACGAUAAACUCUGGGAGGGAAGCACAGCCAAAACAGCGUCACGAAUUGCAAGCAGGAGAAAAUUCAACAUAGACAGCUUUGUCUUCCAUAAAGUACUAGGGAAAGGAAGUUUUGGAAAGGUUCUGCUUGCUGAGCUGAAAGGGAAGAAUGAAUUCUUUGCUAUCAAAGCUCUGAAAAAAGAUGUGGUGCUAAUUGAUGAUGAUGUGGAAUGUACCAUGGUGGAAAAGCGGGUCCUCGCACUUGCAUGGGAAAAUCCGUUUCUCACACAUCUUUACUGCACUUUUCAGACAAAGGAUCACCUGUUCUUUGUUAUGGAGUUCCUGAAUGGGGGAGACCUGAUGUUCCACAUACAGGACAAGGGGCGGUUUGAUCUCUACAGAGCAACGUUUUAUGGAGCUGAAAUUUUAUGUGGGCUACAGUUUCUUCACAGCAAAGGCAUUAUUUAUAGGGACCUAAAACUGGACAAUGUAAUGCUUGAUAAAGAAGGCCACAUCAAAAUAGCUGAUUUUGGAAUGUGCAAAGAAAAUGUUGUUGGCGAGAACAAGGCAAGCACUUUCUGCGGGACCCCAGACUACAUUGCUCCUGAGAUCCUGCAAGGUUUGCGGUACACAUUCUCUGUGGACUGGUGGUCAUUUGGGGUCCUGCUGUACGAGAUGCUUAUUGGACAAUCCCCUUUCCAUGGGGACGAUGAAGAUGAGCUGUUUGAGUCGAUCCGAGUGGACAUCCCUCACUACCCACGCUGGAUUACCAAGGAAUCAAAAGACAUAUUAGAAAAGCUAUUUGAAAGGGAUCCAACACGACGACUUGGGGUGACUGGGAAUAUCAGAGACCAUCCUUUCUUCAAAACCAUCAACUGGACGGCGCUGGAGAAGAGGGAGGUGGAUCCUCCUUUCAGGCCCAAAGUGGUAUGUGGGUUAUUCUGUGUUCUGGAGCAGCACAGCAAGUGCUGGCCGAGGGGUGAUUUCUCUAAGUUUGGACGAUCCUACUGCAAGUUUAUAAAGGAGAUUGUUACGUAUCUCAAACAUACAGAUGGUUCAGUUACAAAGAGGUGCACUAUAUUCCUCGGACUGCCCUGAAAUCUUUCCUAUCAAGACUGCCUUCCCAUGCUCUCUCAGGGAGCUUCUUUACUAAUAGACUCUUCAGGAAAUCAAUUAAUAGCUCCGCUACUUAUUCUUAAAUCUUCAGAUCAUUAGAAAAAUACAAUGUUUUAUGUGCCUCGACCUUAGAAAUGCUGAUAGUUCCUUGCGUUUUUCUUUUCUGUAAUGCCACAUGGCAGAAGGACCAAUAACUUGGGGCUACUCACUUGGUAACUGCCUGCAGGCAUUCAGUACAAGCAUUAAGUAUGCACUGUUCCAAACUCAAUUGACAGUCUCCAAGUGAGCAAAAAGAUACAUGCUCUCUACUACUGAACUUAGAACUAUGUGUAAUGUACAUGUCUAAUGUUACCUGAAAAAAGACCUGAAGAACAGCCUGGCUGUUACUCACAGUCGUUAUCACUGUGGGCUGCUGCUGCAUCAUCUCACCUGGUUAGAAACUCAAACCAGUUUUCCUCCAGCCUGUUACGGGUAAAACGACUUGGAGGUAAUGCAGGCUCUUUAAAAUGUACUUACCUACUCGAUGGAGGAGAACUGUCCUGUUCAACAACAGGCAGCUUCGUGUUCCCAGAGGAAAGGGGACUCUGGCAACGUAAGGAUCCUACAAACAGUAACCCUCAGAGGUGCAGAGUGUAAAACGUGGUCUUUAGUAACGUGAACUCUUACGAAACAUACACAAAUAUUUUAUCCAGACAGAAAGCAGUGCUUUUUUUUCUCUGAACAAGUACAGACUGUAAAAUGCUUUCAGGAAUUUAAAAGUUUUGGUUAACAGCAAGAAAUGUUGGGCUUAAAUGUAAAUGCUGCAUUGCUUUUGUCAGUGGAGAGUCUUUGGGUAAUUGUAUGAAACAUAUCACCAGUCCAUGUGGUUCUUCUCCAAAGCAACCUGGUGCUAUUUGUUGUCAACUAACAAGCAAUUGCCCAGUUAUAACCUUACAGUGUUGCUGAAAUAGGCAAAAAGGAGAUUUUUCUCUAAAUCAGAGGGAAGAGGGAGGGAUGGAGCUCAAGGACUCCUAACCUUUUGUAUUUAAGUAAUCUGUUCUGGAAGAAAUGACAGUUUGUCUCAAACUAUCUUCCCUCUCCAUUUAACACAGAAGUCAGCAAGUGACUACAACAACUUCGACAGAGAAUUUCUGAGUGAGAAGCCAAAAUUGUCCUACAGUGACAAAAACCUGAUUGAGUCCAUGGAUCAGUCUGCAUUUGAUGGAUUUUCUUUUAUUAACCCUAAAUUUGAACAGAUCUUGGACAAGUAAGUCUCCGAACAGAGUCGGACUUUAAAGCAGGGUUAAACAUCAUAAACCGAAAAGGCCCAAGUGUUUUGCAUUCCAACGAUGUCGUGGAUACUUCAGAAUAAUACACAGUCAUGUGAUUAAUUAUGUCCAACUGCUGAGUUAUUGGCAGUGUUCUUUUAUGCAUGGUUGGGUUUAAGGUAUGUGAAUCGUGUAUUAUUUUCUCUAUUUGGGAAAAUGUAAAUUGUUUGGUACUUGAAUGUAGUUAUAUAUAUGUAUGUGCUGUAUAUUUUGCUCGAGAGAAGACAUUGGGAAUAGUAGAUGUCUUUUUAAAAAGUGUUUGAGCCCUUGGUUCUUUUACUUGUCCUCAAUUAAAAGAAAGUUACAUUAAACUUUCA